AUGAGACAUCCUCAUAUUGUACAGGAACUCAACCGUUACAUAAAAGGAUUCAAGGACUCAGCCAAGCAUCCUUCUGAUGUGAUGAAGGCCUAUUUUAAGCGUUGGCCAGUUUGGAUGUGGGGUAAUUGGGAGGUUGCCGCUUUGACUGGCUGGAUGCGUGAAUUCAACAUGAAACGUCCUGCACAAGAGCGCGUCGGCUUUUACGGUCUGGAUGUGUAUUCCCUGAUGGAGUCCUUAGAAGCAAUUGUCAAAUUCAUGCGCAGUGUAGAUGGGGAUGAGUCAAUUAAAAGUGCCGAGCGAGCUUUGGCCUGUUUUGAACGCGUGGCCACGAUGGGGAAGGAAGACGUAGGCCAGGCGUACGGGAUGGCAGCUGCUCUUACUCCUUACUCAUGUCGGAAUGAGGUUGUGAAAUUGCUCGUAAAGGUGCGAGAAGAAGCCGCCAAAUUGUCGGAAAGCCCCCAUGACGAGGAAGCCAAUGAGAAUGCUUUGAGCGCAGAAUUGAAUACGAAGGUGGUUCUGGACGCGGAGAAAUACUACCGGAUCAUGGUAGACGGAAGCGACGACUCGUGGAAUGCCCGGGACACGCACAUGCACGAGACCCUCCGACGACUUUCUCAUUUUUACGGUCCCAAGAGCAAGGCGAUUAUUUGGGCGCACAACACCCACAAUGGGGAUGCGCGGGCCACGGACAUGGCGAUGGGGGGGAUGCACAACAUUGGACAGUUGGCUCGGGAGACUUGGGGCAAGGAGCAAGUGCAUCUGGUGGGCUUGGGCACAUAUCAGGGAAGCGUCAUGGCGGGAAAGCGCCUUUGUUCGAAAAACGCGUCGGACAUCGCGCCGUAG